CCCACAACAGUCCACUGUCGCCUUUCCAACGUGCAACAACACAAACGAUAUUUAACAUAUAAGAAUCAAUAAAUUCUGUUUUAAAUUUUGAAAUUCACCAUGGAAUCAACCGCACCAGAUAUGCCACAGCUCGUGAAAGUCCGUCUGAUACCGGCGCAAACAUCCGAAGAGCUCAAACGACAUAUUGUCGCAAAUGUUGUGCUGGAGAGUCGCACUUCGGUCGUGCCAUACAUAGACGAUGCCAACAGUGUUAACAAAGUGACACAGAAACAAUUGGCCAGCACAGCAAUACCACCAAAAAUUGGCCAUAAACGUUUGCGUUUUUAUUCGGCGGGACCGCGUACCUAUCACACCAAGUGUCCGCUAUGUGAGCAGUAUGGUGAUGCGGCUGUGAUGCGUGCGGCAGGUUUAAAGGAUGCGAGCUGCUGCCUGUCGACUUUGUCCUGCUUCUUCCCUAUUUUCUGGCUCUGCUGCAUAUGCACUUGGUGUGGCUGCAAUCGCGAGUGGACCACCAAAGGCAUUUACUGCAGCAAAUGUGGUGGCAAAUUGGGUAUGCAACAGAGGCCAAAAUGAAUGGUAUGGAAAUAAUAGUAAACG